AGCGGUCGGAAGAGUCCAUCAUUACAGAAAGCGGGGGGAGGAAGUGGAAGAGCCUAUCAUGGAAAAAGGGGAAAUACAGACGUCUGGCGAAGAGAAAAGGGAGGAGGGAGUCGCAGCGGAUGAUAUGGCAUCUAAAAACCAAUAUGGAUUGAUUUUUCCCGCUGUAAUUGUGGCUUUUCUGGCCCUGUGUGUGGCUCCUCUCACAGCUGAUCUCCCCUCCUCCAGACAUCGGCGUAAGACUACAGUGUUGAAGAUGGACGAGGCGGCCCUGUACGUGAUAAGUGAGGUCGAGAGUGAGAUGCUACUGUCCGUCAUAUCUAACCACUGCUUUCAGUGUUUGCCACAGCCUGUGGGCCAGGUACCGCCCAGGCCUAGGCCGGGUGUGCCCACCAAGGUGGGCUUCACUGUGAGCACCCAGCAUGCACUUAUACUGCAACUCAACAGCACUGCAGUUAACAUGGAACUGUGCAGGAUGCAUUUCCAUUUUGGAGAGCAUGGGAACUACUCUCUGUGGGUGAAGAACCUGAAUGAUCUCUCCCAGGUCAACUGCACCAUGGUCACUGACUCCGAGCCAAUCAACAGCUACCUGCCCAUCUUGCUUGCCUUCCUCGUGUUUGCCAGUUUAUAUGUGUUGGCUGCCAUCUGGAACUCAGUCAAGGGGCUGGACGCCGUGAGGAAUCUUCUCCUUCGUUUGGGAAGCACCAUUGAGGCUGAAAGACUCAUCAACUCAGAGCUGGGCUCUCCCAGCCGGGUGGUGGAGUCCUCAGCUGAGUCGAUUAUUCCCGCCACCGCUGGACGGAGGCUGCGUUCUCUCGACACAUUCAGAGGCUUUGCUCUGGUGGUGAUGGUGUUUGUGAAUUAUGGAGGAGGACGCUAUUGGUUCUUCAGACAUGAGAGCUGGAACGGACUCACUGUAGCUGACCUGGUCUUUCCCUGGUUUGUGUUCAUCAUGGGUACGUCCAUAUCUCUCUCUGUAAACGGUGCUCUGUGUCGGGGAGCCAUGCGUUCUCAUCUGCUGAGGAAGGUCUGCUGGAGGAGCGUUCAGCUCUUCCUCAUCGGAGUCAUCAUCAUCAACCCCAACUACUGCCUCGGGCCGCUAUCCUGGGACUCGCUCCGUAUUCCUGGUGUACUGCAACGUUUAGCCUUUACCUACCUGGUUGUGGCGGUGUUGGAGGUGUUGGUGGCCCGAGUUCAUCAGGACAGCUCACUGACUGAUGUGUGGUGGUACCCUGUCCAUGAUGUCUUCCUCAACUGGCCUGCAUGGGUAUGUGUGAUCGCCAUGGAAACACUGUGGCUGUGCUUGACCUUCUUGCUGCCUGUCCCAGGCUGUCCGACUGGGUAUUUGGGUCCGGGGGGAAUCGGGGAUUUUGGUCAGUAUCCAAACUGCACAGGAGGAGCUGCAGGUUACAUCGACCGCUGGCUGCUGGGAGAAAACCACAUUUACCAAACACCGUCGUCACGGGUCGUCUAUCAGACCACAGUGCCCUUUGACCCUGAGGGAGUUCUGGGCAGUAUUAACUCUGUAUUGAUGGCCUUCCUCGGCCUUCAGGCAGGGAAGGUUCUCCUGCACUACAGAGAGCAGCACAGGGAGAUCAUCACCCGUUUCCUGGUGUGGAGCUUCCUGCUGGGAAUCAUCUCCGCUGUUCUGACAAAAUGCUCCAGAAAUCAGGGCUUCAUCCCCGUCAACAAGAACCUGUGGUCCCUGUCGUAUGUGACGACUCUCAGCUGCUUUGCCUUUGUGGUCCUUCUGGUGGUCUACUAUACAGUGGAUGUGAAGAGGUGGUGGUCCGGAGCUCCGUUCUUCUACCCAGGUAUGAACUCCAUUCUGGUGUACGUGGGUCACGAGGUGUUUGAGGACUACUUCCCGUUCCGCUGGAGAAUGGCCAACAGCCAAUCACAUUCCGAGCACCUGGCCCAGAACCUGCUGGCCACGUCCAUAUGGGUCCUCAUCUCCUGCAUCCUCUACAGGAAGAAGAUCUUCUGGAAGAUUUAAUGACUGCUCCUUCUGGUGUGGGUUCAGACCAACCGAAGACCCGACUAUCUGAAGAAACAGGCUUUCUGCAGCAGGAACUUGGAAAGUGUCAGCAGAAGUUGGAUUAUUUGGAGAUCAGACGAACUUGAUGAUGCUCUCAAUCGUGAUUUUAGCAGCAACAUUGGAUGGAGAAAGCAUCUCAAAGAAUGGUGAAAACGGAUGGUCGUUAGAAGAUUCCCAGUGGCUCAGAACAAGUGUUGGGUCCAUAAAACAUCUAUGCUGUGGGAAAAAUGAUCUCUUGGCAAGUGUGAGCUUCUUAAAUGUAGACAGUAGAUAUAAUAUUUCUCGUUAUGAGGUUGUUGAGAGAACAUUACAAUAUUGUUCCACAUGUUUAAGGACCUUUAUACUGACACAAAAUAAUUCAUCAAGGUAAAAUAUUUCCUUCAAGCGUUAACUUUAACACUGGAUUAAAUUACUCAUUCUAAAAAAGUUAAGAAUUUUACAGAGACCUGGAUUUUCGUAGGCUCAGGCCCAGUCCCAUUUCUUCUUUUUACCCCUACCCCUUGUUUUCGAGUGUUGCCCCUUGGAACUGAGUCUCAGGGUAGUGGUUAAACUCUUCCCUCUGAAAUGGGACCCUCAAAUAAA